AUCAGAGACGACCACGCGUGGAGGAUAGUGUGAUACGUGUAGAACACUGAUAUACACUUGUCAGUCUUUAAAAAUGGCCGCGAGAAGAAGGAAGAACGAUUUCAUUUUUUCUCUUUUUAUUUUAGUUUUAUCGUACAUAAGUAAUAUUCAAGGAAAGAGUACAAAAUAUGUGACAUGUGGCUCGGUUAUAAAAUUAAUGAAUAUUGAUUAUAAAGUGAGAUUACAUUCUCAUGAUAUAAAAUAUGGAACUGGAAGUGGUCAACAAUCAGUCACUGGCACUGAAUCUAAGGACGAUGCAAAUUCACAUUGGUUAAUUAAAGGAGAAACUAAAAAACAAUGUACACGAGGAAAACCAAUAAAAUGUGGAGGAACAAUUCGUCUCGAGCAUUUAAUAACAAAAAAGAAUCUUCACUCUCAUCAUGUUAAAUCGCCUCUUAGUGGAAAGCAAGAAGUUUCAGCUUAUGGAGACACGAGAGGAGACGGUGAUAGUGGCGAUCACUGGAUGGUGAUUUGUGAUAACGAUUUCUGGCAAAGAGACACACCAAUAAUGCUUCAACAUGCGGAUACUGAUUCGUAUUUAUCAGUAACCGGAAGGACGUACGGUUCUCCAAUUGUUGGACAAACCGAAGUUGUUGGUGAAUAUGCGCAAUAUCACGCCGAAUGGCAAGCAAUGGAAGGUCUUUUCAUUCAUCCCACUGAUUUAAAAUCUCAUCAUCAUGAACACACGGAGCUUUAACUUUAAAAAUAGUUUUUGAAAUUUUUAGAAAAAUUAAUUACGUGAAUUAAAAAGUGAGUUGACACUCACAUAAUUUUCAAAUUGUGUGCUAAUUAAUUCUUUAAAAUUUGCAACCAAAAUAAUUUUGUUUUUUGAAUGAAAAAAUCAAGUGCGAAUGUUUUUAUAUUAAAUAUCAUUUUUUUCUCUUGCUUAGAAAAUGUAUAUUUAUAAAAAAAAUCAAUAACUACGUAUUAAAUACUUCUAAGAUUAUUAUAUAAAAGAUUUUUAAUUCUCAUGAGAAUUCUUUAUAUGUACACUAGACUGAUAAAUGACGAAUAUUACAUUCAUAAGCGGAUAUAUAGAUAAGUAACAGAUGUUCAAUUGAAAUAUCGCUUCAAAAAAAAAAAAAACCUCAAUAACUAGAUGUAUUUUUUAAGCGAAGAUUGUAAAUAUUCUAAUUUCAAUAUUUAUUAAACUUUGACAAAUUCCUCAUAGAGAA